AUGUCGGCGCAGCCUCUAGAAGUCGCUCCUGUUCUCUCGACUCCGGAUACACACAUCUUCGAAGACCCGACUCCUCCCGUUGACAUCGCAAGCCUCGCAAGACUCUCGAACGAGCAGCUCCUUGUAGUAUACGAGGUUGAGCGCACGGUCAGGGAAAUACGGGCCAGCAAAUGGCGCAGGAUUGCUCUUCAGUUCCCGGAUGAGAUGCUCAUGGAUGCGCCGCGUGUGUUCGAAGCAUUAGCUCGAGGCUUGAGCCACGCACGCAACGAUCGAGUUUCAUCACCUUCCCCCAAGAGCAGCCAUACCAAUGGUGAUGGUGCCGAUGGGGUUAGCAAGAGCUUGGAGAGUGUUAGUUUGUCUGAGGACGGGCCACAGGAGAAGCUCUUCAUACUCGCUGAUACAUCGUACGGCGCGUGCUGCGUGGAUGAAAUCGCGGCAGAGCAUGUAGAUGCUGAUGUAGUUGUACACUAUGGCAGAUCUUGCCUUUCACCAACGGCGAGGUUGCCAGUCAUAUACGUUUUUACUACUAGACCGCUCGCGUUAGACUUGGUUUUUCACGCCUUCAAGGAGACGUACCAGUCACAAGACGAAAAAGUAAUCUUAAUGGCAGACAUCCCCUAUUCCAACCACAUCACUCCCCUUCUCGAAAGACUGCGGCACGAUGGAUACUCGAAUCUCUUCGCAGCACAAAUCAUACAUGAUCCCUCAUCUCCUCUUCCCAAUCGAUCCGUACCCGCUGACGUAAAGGAGAAGGCGGAGACACUUCGCGACUAUCAACUAUUCCACAUCUCCGAUCCUCCCCAAUCGCUUCUAUUGACGCUUUCUUCACGUGUGGGAGCCAUCCACAUCUACCCAACGGACAGUAAGAGCGCCGUUUCCCCCAAGGCCCUUUUGGCUUCAUCGGCGGCGACCCUUCGCCGUCGUUACGCUCUCCUUACACGCCUAAGCACUGUAUCAAUAUUUGGCAUCCUUAUCAACACGCUAUCCGUCAAGAACUACAUUCACAUCCUGAACCGUGUGAAGGAGCAGAUCGCGGCAGCCGGCAAGAAGAGCUACACUUUUGUUGUCGGAAAAGUCAACGCAGCCAAGGUUGCCAACUUUAGCGAAGUAGGCGGUUGGGUUGUCAUCGGAUGCUGGGAGAGCAGCUUGAUCGAGGGCAAAGAUUUCUGGAAACCGAUCAUCACGCCCUUCGAACUGAGCUUGGCUCUGAAGGGGGACGCCGAACGGGUGUGGACCGGCGAAUGGACCGGUGAUUUCCAGGCAGUCUUGACGGAAAAAGAGAAUGCCCCGGCUAUCUCGGACGACCACGCAGCUGAAGAAAAUGGGGGUGAAGAACGCCUACAAGACAGCGACAUCGGGUCAGAAGAAGAAUCGGCGCCGCCUGAGUUUGAUCUACGGACGGGACGUUACGUAUCGCACUCGAGGCCUAUGCAGGCUCCACCAAGCCGGUCCACGAAGAAGGCCAGUGAUCCAGGAAGGCAACCAGCCUCAUCGUCUCUCAUGAGAAGAGCAAACGGCGAUCUCGCCCAAGUGGGCGGUGUUGUAUCUCCUGCUGCAGAGUUUUUGAGAAACAAAAGGACAUGGCAGGGCCUCGGGAGCGAUUUCGAGAUUGCAUACGAUGAGCCAAGCAGUACGGACACGCCAGGCGCGCUUAUGGAGCUGGGUCGAAGCGGUAUUGCGCGAGGAUACGCGGUCGGAGGUGACAGGUCCAAAACAUGA